UGUGUGGGAGAGCGGCACAAAUUCCGUCUCACGGAGCAGCACGGAACGGGAACCGGGCGACUAACAUGAGUCCAGACCGCCCUUGUGAAGGGUUCCACCUUGAAGGAAUAAAACACCUCCCGCUAUUGUGAGAAGUACGCGUGAAGAGGAGCCAUUGAAUGUGAGGAAGGGAAGGCGAGGAAGAAAGGGAAGAGAGGAAGAUCAAAGGCGAAGCCAGGAACUUCACUGGAUCGGCUUCUUUACUUUGGAGACCCACGUUGGGUUCGUUGCUGUUCACACCUUGUUUGUGUUGUUGUUUUAUUUUAAUCUACUUCUUCCUGGAUCGAGCUCUGGUAAACAGAAGACACCGUUUGGAAGUACAAUGCAGGCCGUCGGUGUGGUUCUUCAACACAGGGACGCAUUUGGCAUCUAACCCACCCCCGGAUCUAAGCCUGUGCCCCCCUCCUCCUUCCAGCUGUGAGGGCCACCCCCCGGAUCUAAGCGUGUGCCCCCCCACCCCCAGAUGUAAGGCGCAGUGUCCCGGUAAUGGUACAAUGGUAUUGUCUGGGUUUAAUAAACAGGGCUCCACUCACCCUGGCAGAGGCCAGCCUCCUGCUGCUGUAGGCGGGUGAAGGGGACCUGAGGCUUCGCGGAGCUCUGGCUGUGCAGGCCCUGUGACAUUGCCAGUGGAGGGCCGCGCGCGCGUGAGUGUGCGUGCGUGUGUGUGUGUGUCUGUCACUGGGAUUAAUCCGAGUGGUCGCAUCACUCCCCACUCCAGUAGAAAGCGCCAGUAAGUGGAGCUAUUCUUAGCGUGAGGGAUGGGGUAAAAGCAGGCGGCUGGAAACCCAACUCCCCUCCACCUCCUCCUCUUCCACCCCUUCUGUCACCUGCUCAGCCCACCUGCAACAUGCUGGGCCAGCCUGGUUAGCACUCUGACUUGCAGCUAGUUCCGGUGUUUUUACAAGUAGAGUGGAAUAAUAACAACGGCUGGAUGAACUGUAUUUGAUCUGUCAUGCUGACUGUGGAGUCUUAUUGACCGGGAAUACUCGCUGUCCUGUAUUGUGCUGGUGACGGCUGCACUGGACAAGCCGGUACCGGAUUACUACCAAGAUGUCUGAAGAACUAUUAGCUGUGUGCUUUUGGGUCAACCUGCCCUGGACUAAGUGAAGCUAUCACAAGCAAAGCAGAGUCUCUGCUCACGCUCUUCCUCAGAGUAACCGCUCAUUACCAUACUGUAAUAGAAGAGACUUAUUUAAAAUAUCAGUCACCAGCGCUCUAGAGCAGUACGAACCUCCAGCACACAGAAAGAAUGCAUGAAACUGCCGAAACCAACGAAACAAAAAAGCUGACCUGACUAACCAAAUAUUCUAUUUACCCAGACCCACAGAAAAACAGAAUAUAUAUGUAGAAUGAAAGAUCUAUAUCUAUAGUGUAACUCCACAGAUGAGAUUACUUCCUUUAUAUUUUUACUUCAGAGAGACAAGCUGCCUGUACACCAGUUGGUUGCCUUAGAAACCACAGUCACAAAACAAACAAGGAAACAAAAGAAGCCAGAGAAGAAGGUGCCUUUUGAUUGGUUGGUCGGUUUCCCACCAUUUCAAGAUUCAUUGAUUUCAGUUGGAUGUAAACUGUUAAAGUGAACUCUGGGAUUGAAAACACGUCUCAUGAGAGACUAAAACUUGCUUCACAAGCCCCUCCCACCCGUCAAAGCGUUUUGAUUGACAGUGUUUCCCUGCUGGAUUGAUUACUUGCCGAGCACUUCCAUGGUGAUCACGUCCUCAUCCGUGGAGGACAAGACCGUUCCCUCUUGCAGGAUGGUCCAAACAGAACCCUGGAUCUCCUCUGCCCUGCUUCGCAAGAACAAGAGUGUAAGCAGCUCAGGAUGUCCGCCCACCUCCUCCUCCUCCUCCUCCUCCUCCUCCUCCUCCUCCACUGCCCAGGGCUUCUCCCUCGCUGAGCCAGCCAUGACCAGCCAGCACACACAUACACACCCCUCCUUCAGCUCCAUCCACUCCAUGGCCGAGCAGCAGCAGGUGCUGUCUGAUAUGACCAUACUCCAGCGGAGGAUCCCCCCCAGUUUCAGAGACCCUGCCAGCGCCCCACUGAGGAAACUCUCUGUUGACCUCAUCAAAACUUACAAGCACAUCAAUGAGGUGUACUAUACUAAGAAGAAGCGACGGGCCCAGCAGGUCCCUCCAGAGGACAGCAGCACCAAGAAGGAGAGGAAAGUCUACAACGACGGCUACGACGACGACAACUACGACUACAUUGUCAAAAACGGAGAAAAGUGGCUGGACCGCUAUGAGAUAGACUCACUGAUCGGGAAGGGCUCCUUUGGACAGGUGGUGAAGGCCUAUGACCACCAUGAGCAGGAGUGGGUCGCCAUCAAGAUCAUUAAGAACAAGAAGGCCUUUCUCAACCAGGCACAGAUUGAACUGCGCCUGCUGGAGCUCAUGAACAAGCAUGACACGGAGAUGAAAUAUUACAUAGUCCACCUGAAGCGUCACUUUAUGUUUAGGAACCAUCUCUGUUUGGUGUUUGAGUUGUUGAGCUACAACCUGUACGAUUUGCUGAGAAACACCAACUUCAGAGGAGUCUCCCUCAACCUCACCAGGAAGUUUGCACAGCAGCUCUGUACAGCGUUAUUAUUCCUGGCCACUCCAGAGCUGUCAAUCAUCCACUGCGAUCUGAAACCUGAGAACAUCCUGCUGUGUAACCCCAAGAGGUCCGCCAUCAAGAUAGUCGACUUUGGGUCCUCCUGCCAGCUGGGACAGAGGAUCUACCAGUACAUCCAGAGCAGGUUCUACCGCUCUCCUGAGGUCCUGCUGGGAAUGCCCUACGACCUGGCCAUCGACAUGUGGUCUUUGGGGUGCAUCCUGGUGGAGAUGCACACAGGAGAGCCUCUCUUCAGCGGCUCCAACGAGGUUGAUCAGAUGAAUAAGAUUGUGGAGGUUCUGGGGGUCCCGCCCAGCCACAUGCUGGAUGCAGCUCCUAAAGCCAGAAAGUAUUUUGACAAGCUGUCAGACGGUCUGUGGACAGUGAAGAAGAACAAGGACAUCAAGAAGGAGUAUAAGCCCCCAGCCACACGGCGUCUUCAUGAGAUUUUGGGUGUAGAGACCGGGGGCCCAGGGGGCCGAAGGGCAGGAGAGCCAGGACACGCCCCCUGUGACUACCUGAAGUUUAAAGACCUGAUCCUGCGCAUGCUGGACUACGACCCUAAAAGCCGCAUCACGCCAUUCUACGCCCUGCAGCACAAUUUCUUCAAGAAGACGACAGAUGAAGGAACCAACACCAGUUCAUCUACAUCCACCUCUCCUGCCAUGGACCACUCCCAUUCAACCUCCACUACUAGCUCUGUUUCUAGCUCUGGUGGCUCCAGUGGUUCUUCCAAUGACAACCGCAACUACCGCUACAGUAACCGCUACUACAACUCUGCUGUUACACAUUCAGACUAUGAGAUGACCAGCCCUCAGGCUCCCUCCCAGCAGCAGAUGAGGAUGUGGCCAGGCAGUGAUGGUGGAGGUGGGGGUCAGGACCCAGCAUACACCCAGUUGCUGCUCCACAAGCCGGCUGCCUCCCAACAGCACCAGCGCCACUUCCUGGACCCUCCCCACCACCCGCAUCCGACCUACUCCCACCAUGGGAACGGCGGGCGCGGCCUGCGGCAGAGCGGACAGACGGGCAUCGGCGGAGGGGGGGGGCAGCAGGGAUCCUCGCCCCAGAUGAGUGACAGCAUGGAUGUGGGCGUGUCCCUAGGGCUGCACCACCUGGGGGCGGUGUCUUCCAUGGAGGCCUCUCAGUUCGGCUCGGCAUCCCUGCCCCUCACUCUGCCAAUCGGACUGUCUGCCUUCCGGACUCGGACGGCCCCCACCGCCCCAGGGCCACAAGCCCCGCCCCCUGAGGACUACUACCCUGCCUCCAACAACAAUAACCCCGCUGCGGGGGGCAGAGGGAGGCCGGACUCAGACGAGGGGCCAGCCAACUCUUGAUAAAACCUGAACCAUGCCCUAAAGCCAUACAAUUUUAACUACAACUACUACAACUACACACAUACAGCCAGAGUUCAGAGACAAAGAGGUGAACUUUGUGCUGAAGGAGACAGUUUGUACUGCAUGAGAGGAGGAGGAGGAGGAGGAGGAGGAGGAGGAGGAGGAGGAGGAGGAAGAGGGAGGAGGAGGAGGAGGAGGAAGGAGGAGGAAGAUGAUGUUGGGAAAACUCUCCCUUUUUAUCCCGUUUUAGUUUGUUGUCCUUCUGUUGCGACUGUAAUUGGAAAGGAAUGAUUGUGACGAGUUUGUUUUUAUUAAUAUUAUUAUUAUUGUUGUUUAAUAUUAUUUGAUUUUUCUCGGGUUUGAGGAGUUGCGUGUUAUACUUGGUUGGUGUUUAAGCCUGAAGAGGAGGAGGAGGAGGAGGAUGGGAGAAUGAAGAAGAACAACAACAAGAAGAAGAGGAGAGAGAGGAGCCAUGCUUUUCCAUUUUACUCCAUGUGGAAGAUCACAUGUUCAUGGUCACGUUGGUCAGUUAUGACAUUAAUGUAUUCAUAUUUACAGUCCCUAGAGAUGAGCAGUCUGAACACACACACACACACACACACACUGCUGCAUCGAGAAGAAAGAAGUUGGUUUCAAAGGGUGUUUGUGAUUCAGGACUCCUGUCUGUGUUCAACUCACCUCUCCUCCCUCCGUCGCUCUUCACCUGGUGGUGACGGAGGGAGGGAGGGAGGUGGAGGGAGGAGAAGGUGGCAGGACACUGAUGACUUCCUGGCGCUCAUAGGUAUCUCCUCCUCCUCCUCCUCUUCUUCCUCCUCCUCCUCCUCCUCCUGUUGUGUUUCUCCUCUAGACAGCUCCUCCUCUCUGUGCUGCUAAUCACCAUGACAACUGGUCCGGAUUGCUGCUAAAGAUCCAACACAGAUCAAUAAAGAAAUAAAAAGAAAUAGAAACAGAAACAGAAAUAAAAAAAUUAAAAAAAACUUUUUAACCCUUCUGCUUAAGAGAAAAGGAUAAAGUAAGAACCACUGCAUCUCAAUGUAUUUAUUACUAUUUAACAAGAAAAAACAAACUGAAAGUAACCCUUUUUUCUGCUCUUCUUUGUUUGGUUGCCUUCUUUCUGCAGGUGAGCUCUGAUUGGCUAUUGUAACAGUGACAGUAACUGGUGACAUGGGAAUGCCACCAGUUGUGGGGGCUGGGUGGAGGGGAGGGGUUUGGGGC